ACUGCAAUUAACACUGCUAAAAUUUGAAAUAUCCGCCAUGGAUGUAUAAGUGCGAAACAUGUUCACUCUAAAAAGCAUCAAGUGCGAUACUUGAUAUGCUAUCGAUAGUUGUAUACAAUAAACUAAUUGAAGUAGCCGCCAUGGACAUAACGUCUGGCAGCACGGUAUCAAAUAUGGAGCAGACUGCAUCCUUACUCAACCACAAUGUUAGCUUUAACAGCAGCAUUGAAUUGACCCCAACUUGCGGCGAACUCAGCACUGCGUCCAUUCCUGAUCUGAGCUUCUCCCUGACCGAAACGGAACGGAGGAAGCUGCAGAAGCGCCACAUAACAACUGCCAACAGCACUAUAGAUGUAGGCAAUCAACAGAAUUGCAGCAAAUCGUUGGAGCAGAGCAGCUGGAUGGAAGAAGAUGAAGAGGACGAGGAGAGCGAGAAUGUGAUAAGCAUAGAAGACACAUUAGACGACCACACGAAGCUGAAGGAGCAGGACGAAGAGGAGAAAAAAGAGGAACAGAAACAAGAGGUACUGAAGUUACAGCAGUCUGAUAUCAAUGAGGAUCAGCAAAUGGAGAUUGACGAGUUGCAGCAGAUGGAACAGAUGGAACAGGUACAGCUAGAGAAGAUGGAGGAGCAGCUGCAGCAUGUGGCCGUUGCUCCUCCCCCAGUUUACUUCGAGCGGCAGCUCAUCGAACUCGGUCGCCGUUGUUGGCCAUCCACCGCGUUGGCACAGCACUAUACAAAGGGUUGCUAUUGGUCGCCGGAUGGCACUUGCCUGCUGGUCCCCGUACAUCUGGAUGGCAUGCAUGUUAUGGAGUUACCAUUGGACCUAUAUAGCGCCAACAGCAUCUCCACAGAGCGCAGCUUAUCCAAAAUGCAAUCAGCUGUUCAUGUGCCCGAGGGCGGCACAGUCUACGAUUGCGUUUGGUAUCCCCUAAUGAACAGCCAACAGCCAGAAAGCUGCUUCUGGCUGGCUACACGUCAACACGAACCAAUACACAUGUGGGACGCCUUUGAUGGACGUUUGCGUUGCAGCUACAGCGGCUACGAUGAGGUGGAUGAAGUGGUGGCUGCCAUAUCGCUGGCCUUUGCUAAUGAUGGAGAGAAGAUCUAUGCCGGCUAUAAGCGUUGCAUUAAGAUCUUCGAUACUAGUCGACCAGGUCGCAGCUAUGAUGAAUACCCUGUAAAGUUUGCCAUUUCUUGCAUGGCUCAAAAUAUGGAGCAUCCGCACACAGUGACCUGUGGCAAUUGGCGGGGUUAUAUACAGCACUUUGAUCUACGCUGUCCCCCCAAACAGGGUCCACUCUUUACGCUGGGCGGGCACACGGCAGGCAUCACACAAUUGCGCUACGGCACAGAUGCCUCAAGCAAUUGGCAAUUGUUCAGUGGAGCUCGCAAAUGCCCGAAGCUGCUCCAAUGGGACAUGCGCAACUAUAAACAACCUUUGCAUGAAUUCCAGCGUCAAGUCAACACCAAUCAGCGCAUCCAAUUUGAUCUGUGCCCGCAGCAACCCUGGCUAGCUAGUGGCGAUACGGAAGGUGGCCUCAAUCUGUGGAAUCUCUCGGAUGGCAAGGAAAUCGAAGCGAUGCAGCUGCCUUUGCAUGCUGAUUGCUGCAAUGGCAUUGGCUUUCACCCCAGUCUGCCCAUCUUGGCCAGCAGCUCUGGCCAAUAUCAUUUUAUAGCAGACAACAACCAACAGCAGGAGGUGCACAACAACACAACUAUCACAGACUCUCAGGACUCAACUCAAUUGGAAGCCAAAUCUUCGGUAUCCUAUGAGAAUGCGGUUUUAUUACUCUGGUGCGGGCACAGCACUGAGGCCAUUAAAUAAAAACAUAUUUAUGAUAAAU